AUGUGGCCUCUGCCGGCAACCGCUCGUCCUCAACCUGCUCUACCUCAUCUUUGGUUCUGUCCCGCGUUCAGCCCCGACAACAAUCAAACGCCUCGCCUGCCGCAUUUUUCACCUCGGCGGUGUCCACAGCGGCACUGGCGUCGCUUCCCUCAUCUGGUACAUCGGAUUCGCGGGCACCUACACCUACCAAUUCAACCCCACCACCGCCAACCCUAUAAGCAUUGCCGUCCUAGCCUUGAUCUACUCCGUCUUCGCCCUCCUCCUCUCCAUCAUCGUGGUGGCCCACCCCACCAUCCGGAGAAAACACCACGACGUCUUCGAGCUAGUCCACCGCUUCGCCAACUGGGGAAUUCUCGCCCUCUUUUGGGUGGUAAUCUUCCUCCUCGGCACACAAGAACCGUCCCUAGAAAAAUUCCUCCUCAACCUCCCGGCCUUUUGGAUCUUGAUCCUCUUGACAGUAGCCACAAUCCACCCCUGGUUGCUCCUCCGCAAAGUAACCGUCACUCCUGA